CCGGCGCUUCUUAGUAUAGUCUGAAACAUGGACAGUGUUGGUUGUGCUUGAACUUUUUUAGUGUUUUGUGAAUGUUGGUAUUAACACAUCUGCAUGUAGUAAUUGAAGGACUAGUUUGAGCAAUAGUGAAAAAGGAACUAGAAAACAUUAAAAAUGACGGAAAAAACAAAAGUCAAUGGCAAUGCCACUGAAAUGGAUACGUUUUUGCCUCAAGAUAAUUCAAAUUCAAAUGGAGUAACAACGUACAAAGUUACCAAGAGCAAUGACUUGGAAGCCCACAAUCCAGACUAUGACCCAUUUAAGUCCAGAAAUUUGGAACAUCCCGUCUCUGACUGUGAUACACUAACCCAUCUUCUUAAAGCUGCAUUAGGCACAGGUAUUCUGGCGAUGCCCGCGGCAUUUAAAGCAUCUGGAUUGAUCACGGGAAUAUUUGCCACAAUCGUAGUUUCCAUGAUAUGCACGCACUGUGCAUACAUCUUGGUUGCAUGUGCACAUGAGUUAUACAAAAAAUGCGGUGUUUCCAGUAUGGGUUUUGCUGAUGUCGCAGAACAGGCCUGUUUAAAAGGACCCAAGUGGGCCAGAAAGUUUGCUUUUUCAGCAAGGCUAUUGGUCUUAGUUGGCAUCUUCAUAACCUAUUAUGCGACAUGCAGUUGCUACGCAGUUAUCGUUGCGACAAAUAUAAACUUCGUAGCCAAAGAGUACAUGGUUGAGCCACCCAGUCUCAGGUUGACAAUAAGUCUUCUGCUUGUUCCCCUAAUCCUAUUGGCUUACGUGCCGAACUUAAAGUACUUGGCCCCCAUUUCCAUGGUAGCCAACGCUUUCAUGGCAGUAGGAUUGGGCAUAACCUUCUAUUAUUUGGUAAAUGGUUUGCCAAAUAUAAGUGACGUUGUCACCGAACCCGAGUACAUGGGAUCUUUACAUACUUUCCCAGUUUUCUUCAGUAUUACUAUUUUUGCUAUUGAAGCCAUUGGUGUUGUUAUGCCAUUGGAAAAUAACAUGCAAACACCAAACCAUUUUGUAGGCUUAUGUGGAGUUUUAAACCAAGGCAUGAGUGCUGUUACUCUUGUAUACAUUUUGUUAGGUUUCCUUGGAUUUUUAAGAUACGGAAAAGAAACCAAAGGCUCUAUUACUUUGAAUCUACCUUCAACAGAACCUGCCGCACAAGCUGUCAAUAUUCUCAUCGCUUUGGCAGUGUACUGCACCUUUGGUCUUCAAUUUUAUGUAUGUCUGGAUCUGGCCUGGAAUGGAAUAAAAGAAAAAUUUGAAAAGCAUUCACUACUAGCCAAUUACAUUCUGAGAACUGUACUUGUUGUUGUUUGUGUUCUGAUAGCUGUGGCAAACCCAACAAUUAUUCCAUUUGUAGGAUUGAUUGGAGCCUUCUGCUUUUCAAUUCUGGGAAUAAUAACUCCAAUUUUACUCGAAAUGCUUACAUUCUGGGACAAAGGUUUUGGAAAAUACAACUGGAAAAUAUUGAAGAAUAUCAUUGUAGUUUUGGCUGGCGUUUUUGCUCUCAUAUUUGGAUCAGAACAAGCUAUUUUAGAUAUUGUAAGAUUAUAUGUGCCUUCAGCUAAUGAAACCAGUGCAUCCAAUGCAACUCUUUUAGUGGAUUUAUUAAAUGCAACCACAUUAAGCCCAUUAAACAUUACUCAAACCGCUUGAGUCCAACAUAGAGUUUCAGUUCCUAUACUUGGUUUAAAUUAUUAAGAAAUAGUUUCAUUUCUUUAAUUUAAAAGAUACGCCUAGUUUUUAUUAUUUUUUUUGUGAAUUUUAAAAGCAUUUAUUUAUUUAAUUCUAAUAUUAUUAUUAUACUUUAAUUUAAAUUAUUUAUCUUCAUAAUUUUUUUUUAAAAACACCAAUACUUUAGUAUAGAGAGCACAAUUUUAUGUGUUAGUUGAUUUUACAGUUAAAGCUUACAAGCUGUGAUUCUAAAUGACGUUUUUAAAAUGAGCAAUGUUGGUUAAAUAUUUAUUUUUAAAUAUUGUUUAUAAAAAAACUAAAAAACGUUUAGGUAACCAAUUUCCAGUGCCUUUUCUAUAACUGUGUAGCUACAGGGAAUUUUGAAUAAAAUGCUGGAUUAGUUAUAUUUUUACAUUUUAAGUUAAAUAAGACAUUUUUACAUUUUACCUAUAGAUUAAGUAUUUUUUUAAUCAGAUGUGUAAUAUAAGUAGAUUUUAUUUUUUAAUUUAAAUAUUAU